AUUUUUUCUAAUAUUUACAUUUGAAUGCCACUGGCCUUAAAUAAUUUUAAGAAAUAAUUUUUUUUAAUAUAUAUUAUGUUUGUUGUCAUGUUAUUAAUAAAAAUCAAUUAUUUUAUACUAUUUUAUAAUAAAUAUAGUAUAUUAUAAUUUGGUAGCUUAUUAAUAAAAUUUGAUUAUUUGGUACUAUUUUCUAAUAAAUAUACUAUAUUAUAAUUUGGUGGACUAUAGACCUCCCAAAUUAUUUACGGUCACACGUGGAAAAAGAGAAUUAUGUAUGUUUUCAUGAGAGAUUAUCAUAUCUAAAAAUUAUUUUGUUACAUAAUUAUUUGGGGAAUUUGCAAAAUAUAGCCUAUAUAUUCAUGUGACACAUAAAAUUAUACUUCCUAUUCAAUCAAAUGCAAAAUUAACAUACAAUGAUAGAAAAAUUGCUAUUUACUCAUUAUGAUCAAACAAAAAACUAGAAAAUUGUAUGAUUCUAUCUUUCAAAAGUUAACUUUUCAUAGAUAGAAAUCUGUAUGGUGUAUACCUCGUAAGAAGUCUACUCCGUAGAAUCAUUCUGAAGUUUAUAUCAUAAUUUAAACUAAUAAUUUAAUUUUAAAAUGUGUAAAAAUAUUUUCUGUGAAUUUUUUUUAUAAAUAUCAACAUAAAAAACUAAUACGAGGUAUAUAAAUUAACAUUUAAUAUAACUGAAAAAAUUAAUAUAUAUAUAUAUAUAUAUAUAUAUAUAUUAAUUUGCUAACCAUGUAUUGGACAAUACUUAUGGUUUAGUUACAAAAGGUUCUACCAUGUAAGGUCUCUUUGGGUUAGAUUCUUAGGGUUAUAUUUUAGAUUUAGAUUGUUUUUAGCUUUAUUGACGUAAAUUUACAUACCAGUGUUGAGUAGUCUUUUUUUUUUUUUUGACAGCAAGAAAUUUACAGACUCAUAUUGACUCUGUAAACCAUAUUGGUAACUCCGCAUCCAUGUGAACGACAAAGGACAAUUGCUUUCUUGCACUACGUGCUAAGCUAUCUGCCCGAAGAUUCGCUGUCCGAGGUACAUGGACGAUGUCUGAGUUGAGGAAGCUUCAUUUGAGGAGCUUGAUAUCUUCCAAAUAGCUUUCAAAUGCUGGUCAUUCUUCUGGUUCCGAAACCAUCUUCACCAAUUGAGAACAAUCUGUUGCAAAAGUAACCUGGAACUGUCUUAAAUUCUUCAUGCAUUCCAUUGCCCAAAUCAAAGCCUCUACCUCCGAAUGAAGGGGAAAGAGGCAUACCCUUAAAUUCCUUGCCCCCAGUAGACCAUCAAAUCCCGGUAAAGUACUAUACCAGCCUUGCCCUGACAUUAAAUCCUUAUCCUUCCAUGAGCCAUCAAUAAAACACCAUCGACCUGGUGUCUCUAAGGGAGGAAUGGUUUGUACCGAGAACCCCCUCGUUGGUUCAUUUCCUACAUGUGCUUCUGCCCAGAGUGAUGAUUCCACUUCAGCUAAUUUUAGAGUGUCACGCGGAUCAAUAUCCAAAUUAUUAAAAUAUAAUUUAUAAGAUAAAAUAUAGACUACUCAAAAUAUAAAACUCUAUGUGUUUACCUUACUACUAUUUUAUCUUAUAAAUUAUAUUUUCUAUUUCUUUUCAGAUUUAAACUUAUUUUCAUGUUUUUAAUAUACAUAUUUUCAGAUUAAAUAUUAUCCAAUAAAGUAGACUUCAAAUGAGGUCUAUUCAAAUAUUUUUUAAUUUUUUUUUCAUAUAUUAUCCUUAUAAUUUUAUCUUAUUUUGCAAGUACUAUCUUCUAAAUUUUUCAAUUUAUCUGCUCAAAAAUGUAAAAUUUACAUCUAUCAAUUUUAAAUCUAUAUUUUGUGUUUAUAUUGAACUAAAUUUAUAGAUUAAAACUAUAUGUUUUUUUUGCUACUAUUUUAGCUUAAAAGAUAUUUUGAAAUUUUUUAAAAGAAACUAUUUUCAAAUUUUAUAAAUAUACAUUUUUAGAUCUGAUUUUUUUUCCGUUAGUGUAGACUUCUUAGAUAUUAAAGCUAAUAGACUUUAAAUAAAGUCUAAUAAUCCAUAAAAGUUUAGUAGACUUGAUAAGAAGUUUACUGAAAUAUGAUUUAAAUUUUUAUCUUAUGUUUUUCUCAUAAUUUAAUCUUGUUUUGCAGGUACUCUUUUCCAAGACUUCAUUUUAGCCAUCAAAAUAAUGAAUAAUAAACAAACUCUAUAAUAUUUUUAUAAAUUUCUUUUAAUAAUUUAUCAUUAUAAAAUAUUCAUUUGUAAAUCAUUGUUUUGAUGCAUAAUCUGUAAACAUUAUAUUCAUUUUUAGUUGUGUUUCAUUUGUAUGAUAUUAUUAAUUUUUGUUAGCUAUCAAUUUUUUUCACAAGAUAUUCAAAUCAACCAAACAAUUAAAUCCACCAUAAGGUAAAACAAUAACUAGCACACAUGUGUAAGAAAAAAAUCUAUAUAAACUUCUCAAGAAGUUUCAUGAGUAAAAUUAAUCACAAAAACUUUCCAAUAUAUUUCAAGUGUAUACUUCAGACAAUAAAAAUACAGAAGCAGACUCCUAAGUAAUUAUACACUUAUUAGUUAAGAAACUAAUUAAGCAAGAAAUUUGUUAGUUCCAUAAUUGUAACACAUUUAAUUUUGAUAUUCAUUCAAGACCAUUAAGAUUCAUUAAUGUACAUUGUAAAACAAUAGAAUCAUGAAAAACAUGAUGAAUAAUAAUAGUCGACUUCAUAUGCAGUAUAAGUUUUUAAAUUUUUUUCAGUCUACAUUUUUUUUUUUUUUGAAAGAGGUUGGUUUUGCAAUGGAACAAGUUUGACCUUCUAGAGUAGAUUUAAAUGGACGUCUACGAAUGUGUUGACUUCAUAUGAAGUCUAUUCUCAAAUCCGAUGGGUUAGUCUUGUGUUUGACUAAAAUAAAAUUGUAGAAUUCAUAUGCAGUAUACAUUUUUUUAAGAUUAGUAGACUGCAUAUGAAGUCUACACUUUAAUUAAUUUUUGAUUAAUCUCUUAACAUUUUAGUCAAACACAAAAUUAAUCUUUUCAGAGACUCAAAAUUUUGGUCAAAUGCAAAACUGCCAUUUUGCAGACUUAGCCUACUUGAUGCAGAAUUCCGAUGAAGUCUCUUGUUAAAGUCAAAAGUUCGGUCAGUUUCAAAACUAACCUCUUUUAUGUAUAUUUUUUCGUAAGUCUACCGAUUUUUUUUCAAAGGUUAAGACGUAGACUUCGUUGCAAAAAAUAAUUUUGGUCAGUUGCAAAACUAACAUGUGCAUUGACAAGAAGACCACAUCGUAAGUUUACACAUAUGCGUAGACAUACAAAACAGUCUACUAUCGCGACAUAGAUUUGAAAAUUGACGAAAACUAUUUAAAUAGUUACAUUUUCUUGUGUAAAGCGUGUUUCCAACCUAUUCCGCCGUCCAAAAUCCAAAUAUGAGCAAAAAGAAACAGGUUUGACGAUUCUUUACUGAAGAAUCACGAAAAUAUGAAACUUGUGUUUGUGAAAAUGAAACUUAUGAGAGUUUUUAAGAUGAAAAUGGAAAGGAAAUGAAGAUUUGUUGGUGCUGAAUGAGAAAAAAAAGUAGAUAUAAAUUGAAUUCUUGCGCUUUAAAAGCUCAAAAAUGGUUGUUCAUCGUGGUUGAAAAAAAUUUGAAGAUUGUGGCAUUGUUGUAAAUAAAAAGAAACGUUUAGGAUGUUUUAGGUUUUUUGCCAUUUUUCGAAAUUAAAAUGAAGUUGAAUUAUAGUGGUAAUUUUGUAAAUAUUUCAAAAAAUUAAGGAGGGUAUGAAAUGUUCAUGGCUAAAUAGUAUUGACAAAAAAAGAGUUAGUUUUGUGUUUGACAUGAAAUUGUGAAUUAUUUGUUAAAAACUCCCUAAUUACUUUGUGAAUUUUUCCCCUAAUAUGUUUAUUUCUCUAGUUCAUCCUUGAUUUCAAAUACAUCCCUCCAUAUUUUGGUCAACGCUUAUUAACAGCCAAAGUAGAUGUAUAUUUUAAAAUUAUGGUUUCCUUCACGUAUACCUCACCUGACACAGACUUCUAAAUAAAAUAUAAUGAACGAUAAGUCAGCAUUUUAGUACACCCAAAAACUUCUCACUUAUAAACCAAAAUCACAUGUCUUUGCGAUAACCACUACCAUAUAAAUAUAAGUAUAUAACUGCGGUAUUUGAUUUCAAGAGACGGAAAGAGAAAUGGCGAUGGAAGCUGAAGUUAUAGCUCCUGUGAGCAAGGGCGGAAGCAGGGGAUGUUGCAAGUCAGGUCCCGGUUAUGCUACGCCACUGGCCGCCAUGUCCGGACCAUCGGAAAAGCUCAUCUACGUCACUGCCGUCUACAAUGGAACGGGACGAGAGAAGCCGGAUUACUUGGCAACGGUGGAUGUCGAUCCAAACUCACCAACGUAUUCAAGCGUCAUUCACAGACUGCCAAUGCCUUUUGUGGGGGAUGAGCUUCAUCAUUCUGGUUGGAACUCAUGCAGCUCUUGCCAUGGUGAUGCUUCUGCUGAUAGACGCUAUCUCGUGUUACCAUCCCUUGUAUCUGGUCGCAUCUAUGCGAUUGACACAAAGGCAGACCCGAGGGCACCGUCUUUGUAUAAGUAUGUUGAUCCUAAAGAGAUUGCUGAAAAGACUGGGUUGGCGUAUCCACACACAGCUCAUUGUCUUGCCUCUGGUGAAAUCAUGGUGUCCUGUCUUGGAGACGAAGAGGGAAACGCCAAGGGAAAUGGGUUUCUCCUCCUUGACUCUGAUUUCAACAUCAAGACUAGGUGGGAGAAAGAAGGACAUAGUCCCUUGUUUGGUUAUGAUUUCUGGUACCAACCGCGUCACAAGACAAUGAUCAGCACUUCUUGGGGAGCACCUAAAGCCUUCACCAAAGGUUUUGAUCUCCAAGACGUUGCUGAUGGCUUGUACGGAAGCCAUCUACAUGUUUAUACUUGGCCAGGAGGUGAAAUGAAACAAUUAAUUGACCUUGGAGAGACUGGUCUCUUACCUUUGGAGAUUAGAUACUUGCACGAUCCCUCUAAAGACACAGGAUUUGUUGGGGGUGCUUUAUCAAGUAAUAUGAUAAGAUUUUUCAAGAACAGUGAUGACACCUGGAGCCAUGAGGUGGUUAUAUAUGUUAAACCCCUCAAAGUAGAGAACUGGUUUCUGCCAGAAAUGCCAGGGCUUAUCACUGACUUCUUGAUCUCACUAGAUGACCGGUUCAUGUACUUUGUGAACUGGCUUCAUGGAGACAUUCGCCAGUACAACAUCGAAGACCCUAAGAACCCUGUCUUAACCGGACAGAUUUGGGUGGGAGGACUGCUACAGAAGGGCAGUCCUGUUAAGGCUGUUAGAGAAGAUGGUAGCACUUACCAGUUCGAUGUUCCUCAGAUCAAGGGGAAAUCUCUAAGAGGAGGACCUCAGAUGAUCCAGUUGAGCCUCGAUGGAAAAAGAUUGUAUGCAACAAACUCGCUCUUCAGUGCGUGGGACCGUCAGUUUUACCCGGAACUCAUGGAUAAAGGAUCACACAUUAUUCAGAUUGAUGUUGAUACAGAGAAAGGUGGUCUAUCCAUAAACCCUGAUUUCUUUGUGGACUUUGGUGAUGAACCAGAUGGUCCUGCGCUUGCCCAUGAGAUGAGAUAUCCAGGUGGUGACUGCACUUCCGAUAUCUGGAUUUAAAUUUGGAAGAGUGAGUUUGUUGUGUUACGUUUAAAUUGUGUUUUAAGUUGUUGUGUGUUUCUCAAAAAAAAAAGUUGUUAUUUGCGAGUUGAAUAGAAAGCCAAUAAUAAGAGAUCCCUUGUUGCUAUGGUUUGUAAUAAAAACUUUCUACAUUUCGAGUGAACACAUGUAGUGUCACCUUACAUUAAAAAUACCCGUUCUUAUUCCA